AGAGAGCCGAGAAGGAAAACUAAAAUCUCAAAAAUCCAGUUGAAGAAGAAGAAGAAGGAGGAGAAGUCGACGAAGAAGAAGAAAGUCGCGGGCAUGGUCAUGAUCGCGACUCCGCCAUUCCGCUCUCCUAACCGUAUGGCAAGAUCGCCGUCCUUCUUUAUACCAUACUUCCUUUUCCUCCUCUCGAUCUCUUCUCUUUCUACUCCUAUGACCUUCCCCAAUGGUGCCGGCGGAGUAUUCAGCGUCAAAUACAAAUUUGCUGGUACGGACCAUUCCCUCAGUGCCCUAAAAGCCCACGAUGACCUCCGCAACCUCCGUAUGCUCUCCGGAGUUGACAUUCCCUUGGGAGGUACCGGCCGUCCAGAUGCCGUUGGCCUUUACUAUGCCAAGGUUGGGAUUGGAACGCCUCCAAAAGAUUAUUAUGUACAAGUAGAUACUGGAAGUGAUAUAAUGUGGGUCAAUUGCAUUCAGUGCAAUGAAUGCCCUGAAAGAGGCUACAAUGGUAUUCGACUUACCUUGUACGAUCCUCAGAGCUCUCUCACUGGAACAAUGGUUUCUUGUGACAAUCGAUUUUGUAUUGAGAUCAAUGGUGGCCGAACACCUGACUGUGUGGCUAAUGUGUCUUGUUUAUAUACCGAGGUUUAUGGAGAUGGAAGCUAUAGUAUUGGGUACUUUGUGAAGGAUAUUGUCCAAUAUGAUGGUGUAUCAGGAGAUCUGCAAACUAUGUCCGCAAACCAAAGUGUUAUAUUUGGAUGUGGUGCGAAACAAUCUGGCGAUCUAGAUUCGUCGGAAGAUGCUCUUGAUGGAAUAGUAGGUUUUGGAAAAUCAAAUUCUUCAUUGAUAUCCCAAUUAGCUUCUUCUGGGAAAGUGAAAAAGAUGUUUGCACAUUGUUUGGAUGGUGUGAAUGGUGGCGGUAUUUUUGCAAUUGGGCAUGUUGUGCAACCGAAGGUCAACACAACUCGUUUAUUACCAAACAAGCCACAUUACAAUGUCAAUAUGACAGCAAUUCAAGUUGGGCUUGAAUUCCUUAAUCUUACAACAAAUGUAUCACAAGUUGGAGACAAUAAAGAGACUAUAAUUGACAGCGGUACAACUUUGGCUUACUUCCCAGAUGCUAUAUACCAGCCAUUAGUGAAGGAGAUUCUCUCCUCGCAGCCUGAUUUAAAAUUACAAAUCCUUCAUGAGCAGUAUACAUGCUUUGAAUUCUCUGGAAUCGCUGAUGAUGCUUUUCCUGCUGUCACCUUUCAUUUUGAAAAUUCAGUCCUAUUGCAAGUGCAUCCUCAUGAGUAUCUCUUCUUCUUUGAGGGUUUAUGGUGUCUUGGCUGGCAAAGCAAUGGUGUUCAACCUAGAGAUAAACAAGACAUCAUCCUUUUGGGAGACCUAGUGCUAUCAAAUAAAUUAGUGUUGUAUGACCUGGAAAACCACAUCAUUGGAUGGACAGAGUACAACUGUUCUUCAAGCAUUCAGAUAAAAGAUGAAGUGACUGGAUCAGUGCAUCUGGUAGGAGCUCACUCUCUGCCUUCUGCUUGCGAUAUGACUGCCCAAACAGCGAUGAUUUGGUUACUAAUGGCUGGACUUGUACAUUUUAUGCUUGGUCAAACUAAAUUGUGAAAGUAGAGAACCACCACCUACUUGGGUACUGUCGAAGAAGUGCUGUAAUGAGGAAAUAUAAAUAGUACAUUGAAAUUAAGUGAUGGGUUGCCAUCAAAUCUGUGCAAAAUAUGUGGAAGUCGAAAUUUAUUGACCUUCUUCUUCUUUCUGGCAACUAGAUGCUACUAUACAUAAUGUACAAUGCUGAUUCCACUACUUUCUUGUUCUCUAUAGCUGCUGCUAUGCCCCUCUAGUUGAUUAGAUGAUGGUAUAGGAGUUGGAACACAAUUUUAAUGUCUAAAUGGUAUUCAAUGUAUAUAUAUACUCAUUGUAUAUAAUAGAAUUGGCUGUGUCAGUUGUAUGGAUUUGGAAGAUAAAGACAUUAUGAACACUAUUUAUGGUAUUUCGAAAUAGUGCUUUUAGUAAAUUUGUAGUUGUAAUUUAUUUGGUAGAAGAUUGACAAGUUGAUGUUAGUU